AUGGCGCUUCACACCACCGCGUUUGCCCACGCGCCGUCGUUGCAUGCCUUGCGCCGGCCGGCGGAUCCGUCGAGGGCGCAGGCGGCGGCAGGCUCCGCGCUGCUCCCGCGGCGGGCCGCGGCGGCUGGUGAGGAAUCCGCCUGGAGGGGCGCGGCCGCGGCGGGCGCCGUGCUCGUCCCGGGGGCCAUGGUGGCGCCCGCGCUGAACCGGCGGCGCCGCAG